GUAAUGAUCUGCGCCUGCGCGGUCGAAGCGGUUAGGGCGGGUAGGCACAACAUCCGUGAACUAGAAUCGAAAGUAACAGUGAACUGCAGACACUUGGUGAUUUCAGCGUCCUCUCCUGACCUCUGAGGAGUCCGGGAGCAGAAAGAGUCCGAAAUAGACCAUAAAACUAACCCUGAGUUCGGGGAUCUGAGGAGAGAGCGGAGAUCUGAGAGCGGAGCAGACUCAGUCCGUCUCCUGAUGGAGCUCAGAGCUGUGGUGUUUGGGGGGAAGUUUGCUGGGAAGACCACACUGAUCAAUGCCGUGUUUGGAGAAGGCUUCCUGCCGAAUCAGAAGAGGACUGCCCAGUGCAAGAAGCUACAGGGAAAUGUGUGUGGAAGAGAUCUGACGCUGGUUGACACUCCAGGCUGGUGGAAGCAUUUUCCACUGAGCGACACUGCAAACUUUCUGAAAAAGGAGCUCAUUCAAGGAGUUUCUUUGUGCCAUCCAGGACCCCACGCAAUCCUGCUGGUCAUCGAGAUUGACAUUCCAUUCACAGAGAAGCACAGGAAAGCUGCAGUGGAUCACCUUGCACUCCUUGGUGACCAGAUCUGGACACACACUCUUGUGCUGUUCACUAGAAGCCGCGCUCUGGGGAAAAGAACUAUAGAACAGCACAUUGAAAAAGAGGGAGAAGCUCUAAAGUGGCUGAUAGAGAAAUGUGGGAACAGAUAUCAUGUCUUUGACAGUACAGUCUCAGAUAAUACAUCUCAGGUGACGCAGCUGCUGGAAAAGAUUGAGGAUACAGUGCGAAUAAAUGAUGGUGCUCAUUUCCAAAUUGAGGCAAAGAUACUGGAGGAGACUGCAGAGUGGAAGAGGACUGUGAUGACCAGAGCAAAGUCCAGAGAGUUAAAACGACAAGAACGACUUGACAAAGAGGAGCUGAGAAUCGCAUUGCUUGGUUGGGUGAUUGCUGGGAAGAGUUCAGCUGGGAAUACCAUCUUGAACAAAAAAGUGUUUGUUACUGAUCAAAGUACUCUUAAAUGUCAAAGUGGACAUGGGGAAGUGGAUGGAAGACCAGUAACUGUGCUCGAUACACCCAGCUGGUUUAAGUACUUUCCUGCUCAGUACACUCCAGCAUGGAUAAAGUCUGGAAUUUUAAAUGGUGUAGGUCAGACUGUCACCCCCCCACACUGCAUACUUCUAGUGAUUCCUGGAGACACAUCGUUCCAAGAGGAACAGAGAAAGGUCAUUGAAGAGAAUAUGAGCUUACUUGGAGAGCAGGUGUGGCGACACACCAUUGUACUUUUCACAUGGGGUGACAUACUUGGAGACGUGAACAUAGAGCAGCACAUUGAGAGUGAAGGUGAAGCUCUGCAGUGGGUGGUCGAGAAAUGUGAGAACAGAUAUCACGUCUUCAACAAUGAGGAUGGAGAGAAUCGUGUUCAGGUUACAGAACUGCUCGAGAAGAUUGAUCACAUGAUGGCUCAAAACAGUUCAUUCCAACUGAUUACUGAGACGUUUGGUGGAAUUCAUGCAAAGCAAGAAGAAGACGCACAAACAAAGUCUACUGAUGAGCAUGACUUACAGGAUAUUGUCCGAUUCGUGGAUGAGGAAUGGAGAAGAAGAGACAAGGAGCUUCUGAAAAGGGUUUCAGAUGUCAAGAAGGCCAUAAGGGCUACAUUCCCCCAUGUAAAAAGAAAAGGAGAUAAAAGUAUGGAUUUCCCUCUUGAGCUGAGUGAGAAGAGAUUAAACACUGACACAAAGGAUCACAGUGAUGAGAAAGUGUCUCAAACAGAGCCGGAGUCUCGCAAUGUAGGAACAGUUCAGGAUGAGGCUAAAAGCACCCUGAAACUCAAGGAUCACAUUAAAGAGAUGCUUGAUCGGGAGUGGAGCAGACGAGAAGAGGCAGUGAUGGGAAGAUUUCUGGAAAUGUUAAGCGAGCUCAAACGUGUGAGUGAGAUGAAUUCAAACAUUGAGACAGACGACAACGCUGAUGAGGAAGUGUCUCAAACAGAGGUGGAGUUCUGCAAUGUAGGAACAGUUCAGGAAGAGCCUAAAAGCACCCUGACACUCAGGAGUCAGAUUAAAGAGAUGCUUGAUCGGGAGUGGAGCAGACGAGAAGAGGCAGUGAUGGGGAGAUUUCUGGAAAUGUUGAGCGAUCAGGGAUGGGAGACCCAGUCUGAGCCAACAGACGAUGACAAAGAAAUAUCCAAAAACAAAGUCUCCCACUGGUUACGGAAAUGCUCUGAAGGAUUGGCGUCGACUUCAAGCAGUGUUUGGUCAGACAAAUGAUAUCAUCAUAAGAGUUUUCUGAGACCUUUUUUGACCAGAUAAAUCCCUGCUACAAUAAUGAAACGUGUAAUCAGUUCUGCUGUACUUUGUGUUUCUGUAAUUUAAAGGGGAAUUUCCAGUUUUCUGAACGAUUUAGACUUUGAGAUGUAAACAGAGUCAUUCAGAGUGUUUUGAUGUGAAGUGAUUAAUUGUAGAGAAACAUACAGACUCAGGUUUCUUUACAGUGGUGUACAGUGGUGUCAGAUUUCUUUACUGGGGUCGCCAUGACUACAACACAGAUAUAACCAUUUUAUUUACUAUACAAAACCACCAGUGAACCUACAUGAGUCUUCUGAGUUCUGAGUAAAAAGUUAACCUUGGGGACUAUUUUGCCUCACAACACCCUUCACGGAUCCCUCAAUUAUGAAUAGAUUAAAGGGGACCUAUUAGGCACUUCCGGUUUUUCUCCAGAAAGUCCCAAGAAAGACCUUCAGCAGAGCAGACAGGCAGACGUCUCACACUGUGCUUGUUUUGGCCAGCAGAGGGCGCUGCUGCUAUCUACUGACCACUUCUAUCACUCUGUCACCUAGUUUUAGAGAACACUGCUGUGUAAAACUCCAGAAGCUUACAGGUCUACAGAGAGUCCACAACAUCAAUACAAAUGUCUUUUCAGGACACAAGGUAACCCAGGGGUUAAAGCAGGGGUGGAGUUACGGGACUGAAUCUCUCUACCAGCUGAUCAGUGGGCUCUGAUUUGUACAGACAGUCGACGUGAAUGAGAUCCACAAAUAGUGCAUCAUUUUUAAACUGCGUCACUUUUUCAGCCUCCAUAUUUGACUUAUGGCAUAUGCUGAUGGCAUCUCUGUCUGUCCAGAUCUGGAGCUGCCCAGGGGUGAGUUUAGGGUCUGGAUAUUGGGCUACAGCUGCAGGGUUGCUUUUUCCUGCCAGAGUGUUUAAUAUGAAUAUGAAUUAUGGGCUUAAUUACUCAACAUGUCAUGUAUGUGUAGAUAAUUAAACAAACUGUACUGAACCAUUGUA